UUUCUUUUUUAUCUUCGUUCGUUGCUUUAUUUUCCUCUCACGAUCUAGUGCUUCUCCGAGAUUAGGUUACCCCUCGAGAGACGCCGUCGCCGUCCCUCGCCGCGAGACGCUGUUCCUCGUCGCGCGCCGCCAGCCUCCGUCGUUCGCCACCAUCCUGUGGGCACCGCCGCUGGACGCCGUACCUCGCCACCAGUCUGUGGGCACCGCCGCAAAACGCCGUCCGGUGAUUGAACUGUGAUCUGAGAUCGGUCUGAGCUUCGCUUCACUGAAUCCGACAUUCCCCAGCAAUGGAAGAAAAUGGCGGUGAUGAUCAGCUAUACAUUCCCCAAGUUACAGAUAAUCAAAAGCCAAAAAUUGGGAUGAAAUUCUCAUCACUAGAGGAGGCAUAUUCGUUCUAUAACCAAUAUGCACGAGAAGCUGGAUUUAGUGUAAGGAUAAACAAUAGCAAGAAAAAUAAGAUGACAAAUGAAGUUGUUUGGAAAAAAUUUGUAUGCUUUAAAGAAGGACAUACAGAUCAAAUGCGGUGGAAUAAACAUGCAAAAGGUGAUCAACGAAUAAGGGAAAGAGCACGUGGUGAAGUUAGAACUGGUUGUAAGUCAAAUAUUUCACUUGUCAAGGAACAAACUGGAUCUAUUUGGGUUGUCACUAACUUCAUAGAAGACUAUAAUCAUCCACUCUCGACUCCUUCAAAGGUGCAUUUGCUACGCUCACAUCGUAACAUUUCGACGACAAAGAAAGAAUUGAUUCAACAGUUUUCAGAGGCUAAUAUGUCAACUUGUCAACCAAUGCAAUUAUUGGAGAUAGAGUAUGACGGACCUGAGCGGGUAGGUUGCACAGAAAAUGAUAUUGAAAACUUUGAGAAAGAACUAAGGGAUGAACAAAAGGAUAUCGAUGUUGAAACACUGAUUGAGUUUUUUGCAUCUGAGAAAGAGAAGAAUUCAACUUUUUUCUUUGAUUACGAGAUGGAUUCAGAUAACAGAUUUAGUAAAUGUUUUUGGGCGGAUCAUGUGUCAAGGAGGGCGUAUAGUGUAUUUGGUGAUGUAGUUGUAUUUGAUACAACAUAUAACACCAACAAAUAUGGAUUGAUUUUUGCACUAUUUGUAGGAGUUAAUCAUCAUCAUCAAACAACUGUUUUUGGUUGUGGAUUCUUAAGUGAUGAGAAAACUGAGUCUUUUGUUUGGUUGUUUAAAAAGUUCAUAGAAGCCUUGCCUAAAGGUCCACCAAACAUGAUCAUCACUGAUCACGAUCCUGCUAUGACGAAAGUCAUUGCACAAGUUUUUCCUCAAACAGUGCAUCGAUAUUAUUUGUGGCAUAUAUUGAACAAAUUCUCAGAUAAAUUACACCCAAUGACUUUUCAAAACUACUAUCAAAGUAUGAUGAAUGUCAUUAUAAAUUCUACAACAGUUGAUGAAUUUGAGAAGUCAUGGGAAGAGGUUAUCAAGUGUGCUAACUUGGAAAAAAAUGAUUGGUUGUUGUUGAUGUAUGAAUUGCGACACAAGUGGGUGCCAGUAUAUUUUGGACAUGUAUUUUGUGCUGGAAUGUCAAGUAGUCAAAGAUUUGAAAGCUCACAUUCAUUUUUCAAGAGGUAUGUCUCAAAUAAGAACUCAUUAAUAGAUUUUAUUACCCGUUUCAAUAGGGCACUGAGGCACCAAAGACAUAGUGAGUUAGUUGCUGAUCAUAUUGAUAUGAAUGAGCAUCCUGAGAUUAAGACAAACUGGCCAAUGGAAACUCAAAUGGUUAAGCUGUAUACAAAAAAGAAAUGGAUGGAGUUUCAAAGUGAAAUGAGUGAAAGUCAUGGCUAUUAUGUACAACAAGCAUCUAUAGGAGUUGAGUUAAUGGUUUAUCAUGUGAUGAAUUUUCAAAGUUGUUCUUCCUCCAAACCAAGAGUGCUCACUCAUGACAAAGAGAAAGAUUACAUAUCCUGUAGCUGUAAGAAAUUUGAGUUCGAGGGUAUUCCAUGUAGGCAUAUGUUAGCUUAUUUUCGUAUCAAUCAAGUAUUUCAUUUGCCUGAUAAGUAUAUACUCAAACGAUGGACACGAAAUGCAAAGGCUGGAGCAAUGUAUGCUUUGUGGAAGCAAAAUUUCAUUGAUGAUCCAGAAAGGUUUUUGACGUCAAGACACUCGAAGUUAUCUUAUAAAGUUUCAGUAUUAAUUGAUGAUGCAUCUUUGACUGAUGAGGGAACAAACUUCUUGAAUGAACAAUUCGAUUGUAUCUACAACAAAAUUCAAGAGAUGAACAUUAGUAGAACAUGCGGCAAUGGAAGUCAAAGGAAGAAUUCCAUGGAUGAGGCUCCUAAUAUUAUCGAUCCUUCUUCAGUAAGAACAAAAGGAUGUGGAAAAAGAUUGAAAUCAUCAAAGGGGAAGUCAAUCUCAAAGUCCAGGUUAUGUCGUGGAUGCGGACAUCGAGGCAUGUCACAUGACAAGCGUAACUGUCCAAUCUUGCAGCAAGGAUCAAUUAUAAAUCAUCAUAACAGUGAUGGCGACACAUCUAAAGAAGAUUUGGCAUCUAUAGCUGGUUCUAACAACAUGUGUGAGGAUGAAUGAAGGUUUAGCCAACAACCAAGAUUAGUAAACAACAAAUUACACGAUCUCCAAAUCAGAUGACAAAAGUUUGACUCAAAAGAU